AGCAGCCACUCGCAGUGUCCGCUUGGUCUCCGUGGUGAAGAAAACAAAACACAAUAUCGCAAUUCCCACAAUGCGCCGCGUUCGCCGGCGUCACAUACACCGCCCGGGUUAAAAUCCACACGCAGGGCGAACUCAGCCGACUGUUCUCCGUAACAACAAUGUCUCCCGUUUCAGAUCCGAGCUCCUUCUCUUCUCCUUCUAAGUGCGCAACCAAGCACUUAAAUGUCACGUAUCAUGUGGAUUUUGACAGGCGCGUGCUGAAAGGAAAGCUGGCCCUGACGGUGGAGGUUCUGGAGGAUAAGUUCUCCUCGCUGACGCUGGACUCCAAGAAUCUGAAGAUCUUCAAAGUGUGUGCAAAUGGCCAGGCAGCCAAGUUCGCUCUGGGGGCUCAGCACAGAUUCAAGGGAUCUCCUCUGGAGAUCACUCUGCCCUUUGAGCUUUCACGUGGUCAGCAUGUGAUUGUGGAGAUCGACUACGAGACGUCUCCAAGUGCCACAGCUCUGCAGUGGCUGACUCCCGCGCAGACUGCUGGGAAAGCCCAUCCCUAUCUGUUCAGCCAGUGCCAGGCCGCCCAUUGCAGGACUAUGCUGCCUUGCCAAGACACUCCUUCUAUCAAGCACACUUACUACGCUCAGGUGUCUGUUCCCAAAGAGCUGGUGGCACUGAUGAGCGCAUUGCGUGACGGUCAGGAGGCGGAUCCCAGCGACAACACCCGAAUCAUUUAUCGCUUCAGACAACCCGUUCCCAUGCCUUCCUACCUCAUUGCCAUUGUAGUUGGUGCUUUGGAAAGCAGGGAGAUCGGGCCGAGGACCAGAGUCUGGUCUGAGAAGGAGUUUGUGGAUCGGGCGGCAUUCGAGUUCUCUGAGACUGAGACCAUGCUGAAGACGGCGGAGAACCUCGCAGGGCCGUACGUGUGGGGACAAUACGAUGUCCUGGUUCUGCCCCCUUCUUUUCCUUACGGGGGCAUGGAGAACCCCUGCCUCACAUUCAUCACACCCACUGUACUGGCUGGAGAUCGUUCUCUCGCAGGCGUGAUCGCUCACGAGAUAUCCCACAGCUGGACGGGCAACCUGGUGACCAACAAGACCUGGGAGCAUUUCUGGUUGAACGAGGGUCACACAGUGUAUCUAGAGAGAAUGAUUGCCAGGUGUAUGGAAACUGAACAGCUCAGGCAGUUUAAAGGCAUCGGAGGAUGGAAAGAACUGCAGGAGUCUGUGAACCAUUUUGGAGCAAACAGUGCCCUUACAAACCUGGUGCCAAAUCUGGAGGAAGUGGACACGGACGAAGCCUUCUCUUCUGUACCCUACGAGAAAGGAUACGCUUUGCUUUAUCAUCUGGAGGAAUUAUUGGGAGGCCCUGAGGUCUUCAUGGGCUUUGUGAAAUCCUACAUUCAGCUAUUCGCUUACAGCAGCGUAACCACAGAGGAAUGGAAGAACUAUCUGUUCACUUAUUUCAAAGACAAGGUGGACAUCUUGAAUAAAGUGGACUGGAACGGAUGGAUGCACACUCCAGGAAUGCCUCCAGUCAAACCACAGUAUGACACUACUAUGGCUGACGCUUGCACUUCUCUGUGUCAGAGAUGGGUGAAGGCAAAAGAAGGAGAUCUUGCCAGUUUCACUGAAGCAGAUGUGAAGAAACUGAACUCUCAUCAGCUCAUUGAGUUCGUGGCUUUACUUCUGCAAGAGGAGCCGCUGCCUCUGACCCACCUGAAGAGGAUGCAGGAGGUUUACCAGCUCAACGAUAUUAAAAACGCAGAGGUCCGCUUCAGGUGGUUGCGCGUGUGUGUCAGGGGACAGUGGGAGGAAUCAGUUACUCUUGCGCUGAAGAUGGCCACUGAUCAGGGCAGGAUGAAAUUCACUCGCCCGCUCUUUAAGGAAGUAUACAAUUUCCCCAAAUACAGCGAGGCGGCGGUGAAAGCUUUUAAGGAGCACCGUGGAGCCCUGCACCCCGUCACUGCAAUGCUGGUGGCCAAGGAUCUGAAAAUCGAUGCAAAUUAGGUCCCCGUCUCUGAUCCUCUCACAAGCGGCCUAUUGGCUGUAUCCAGGGCUGAAAAUCAUCUUGGAUAUCUCCAUAUCAAAUCUUCUGCAAAGAAAGAUGGAGGCUUCCUCUUGGGUGGCUAAAGCGCUCAUCUUUAUUUUUAUUUGACAUCUUGAUGGAUGUUUGUCUCAGGGCUAAUAAAGCAAGCAAGCAAGCAAGGAC